AUGGCGAACAGUUACCUCUUUCCCGACAAUGCACGAACCCAGGCGACCGUUAAAGGAGAUUACCAGAACCAGCCGCUGGAGUUCUAUGGAACACCCCCUCCCCCACCAAUGCCAGUAGAAUUACCACCGAGCCCACCAUCUCCACACUUUGAUAUUCCCUCUCGGAGACCACCGCCAUAUGCACUUGGUGCACCUGCUCGUUCCUCUAAUUCCCGGUACCCCUCAGUUGCCUUGCCGCAGUCUCCUCACUCUUCACAUACAUCUUACAGUGCGAUAGAUCUCGAUCGGCGCCAUAUCAACAUUGGCAUCGAUUUUGGUACAACGUAUUCUGGUGUUUCUUGGGCGAUCUCGGGCACUCACUAUAACGAUGUUAACACGGUUGACAAUUGGCCAAAUGGCGACCACCAUGUCAAAGUCCCUACAGAGAUAACUUAUGACAAAGGAGUGGUGCAAUGGGGAUACUCUAUCCCGCCAGAUGCCGAACGGCUGAGCUGGUUCAAGCUCCUGCUUGCGGAAAACAAACUUCCGCCAAAAGUCCGCGAAUCCAAACAACUUCAGUCCACAAAGAAACUUUUGCAGAAGCUGAACAAAACUGAAGUGGACGUGACCUCGGACUACUUGCAAAGGCUAUGGCUAUGCGCACUUGAGGAUAUAAGGCGACAGAUCCCGAAUAGUAUUGACGGUAUGCCGUUCCGGAUCAUCUUAAGUGUGCCAGCAAAGUGGCCAAAAGAAGCGCGAGACAAAAUGCAUAGCGCAGCACAAAAGGCUGGACUUCUGAGUCGCCAAGGUGGAGGUCUAGAAACCAAGCUGGAGUUUGUGGGAGAGCCAGAAGCUGCCGCCAUAGCCGCCUUUUUCGAGGGCAAUGUCCGCCACAACAUCAAGGUUGGAGAUAUCGUCGUCAUAUGUGAUGCAGGUGGCGGUACCGUUGAUAUCGUUACGUACGAGGUAGAUCAAGUAGAACCUUCUAUCAAUCUCGGCGAAUGUAUUGGCGGUGACAUGGACUUAUGCGGCUCAAUCUUUCUUGACGAAGGCUUCGUUAAACACAUAGAAGGGCUGAUUGGGAAAGAAAAAGUCUCGAAAUUGCCCAAAGAGACUUACCGUCGCCUUGUGAAAGCCUGGGAUCAGUCCAUCAAAUGCCAAUUUGACAACGACACGCCCGAAAUCGCCACCCCGAUUCCCCACGAAGUAGCAAAAGCGAUCAAGUCUCCGCUUUUAAGAUUCAAAAAGGGUAAUGGAAGUAAACAUCUUACAGGGGAUACAAUGCGGUUCAGCUCGGACGUUAUCAAAAGCAUCUUUGAUCCGGUGUUGGAGAGAAUCCUCUUACUAGUAAACACGCAGAGGAACGGAACGAUGAAAGAUAAACAAAGAAAACCCAGGGCAAUCCUUCUAGUGGGUGGUCUAGGCAGCAACAAGUUUCUGUAUCAACGGCUGCAAGCGGAAUUCCCAGCAGGAGACACCGAUGUGAUACAGCCACGAGGUGCAAAAACAUGGGCAUCGAUCUGCCGCGGAGCCGCGAUCAAGGGGAUGACGUACGACGAUUUCAUUGACCAGCCAUUCCCCGUCGUGACCUCGUACAUAUCAAAAGCUCACUAUGGCAUGAUGAUCAAAGAGCCAUUCGACAGCUCUAAGCACGCACAGGAGGACAGGAGAAUAUGCCCGGUACGGCAUAUGGAUGUGGUGCUCGACCAGAUGCGGUGGUACGUCAAAAAGGGUGUUGAUGUGUCGAGAAUAGACCCAGUGUCGUUGUCGUGGGAAUUGACCCAACCGGAGAACCUCCCACGGUCGUCUUUUACUAUCAAAAUAUUCGAGUCUGAGGCUAACACUGCACCGACCCGGAAAACAAAUGAGGUCCACGAGUGCGCUACUAUCACAUUCCCUGUGCGGUGGAACAGCUUAGAGGUCAGAGAUGGCGGUGAAGGGCAGCGCUACAAGUACGUGCACUUCGAUGUGAAAAUGACCAUUCUGGGCCUUGGGAAGCUUGACUUUGCGACUUAUGUGGACGGAAGGCGGGUUGCGCAGAAAGAUGUAAAGGUCAAGCUUGGGGGCGGAUAA